GAAAAUAAGCGCGGGCGCCUCCGCCUCAAAUUCCUCUCAGCGAGCGGUCCGCCAUGGAGCGCUCUUCGGGCCGCCACGUCCCGGGGGUCCCGCUGGGCUUGCUGGGCCGCCGCGGAGCCUCCCCGGGAGCGGCGGGAGGAGGCGGCGGAGGCCCGGGCGACUCCGCGGAGCGCGAGGCCUUCGAGAGAGGGCAGACGGUCAGCAUCAACAAGGCCAUCAACGCUCAGGAAGUGGCGGUCAAGGAGAAGCAUGCCAGGACCUGCAUCCUGGGCACGCACCACGAGAAGGGCGCCCACACCUUCUGGUCGGCCGUCAACCGCCUGCCACUCUCCAGCAACGCCGUCCUCUGCUGGAAGUUCUGCCACGUCUUCCACAAGCUCCUCCGCGACGGGCACCCCAACGUCUUGAAGGACUCGGUGAGGUUCAAGAGCGAGCUGAGCGACAUGAGCCGGAUGUGGGGCCACCUGAGCGAGGGCUACGGCCAGCUUUGCAGCGUCUACCUCAAGCUGCUGAGGACCAAGAUGGAGUUCCACACCAAAAAUCCCCGCUUCCCCGGGAACCUCCAGAUGUCGGACCGGCAGCUGGACGAGACCGGAGAGAACGACGUCAACAAUUUUUUCCAGCUCACCGUGGAGAUGUUUGACUACCUGGAGUGUGAACUCACCCUCUUCCAGACAGUCUUCAGCUCGCUGGACAUGUCCCGCUCGGUGUCGGUGACGGCCGCGGGUCAGUGCCGCCUGGCCCCGCUCAUCCAGGUCAUCCUGGACUCCAGCCACCUCUACGACUACACCGUCAAGCUCCUCUUCAAGCUCCACUCCUGCCUCCCGGCCGAGACGCUCCAGGGCCACCGGGACCGCUUCCUGGAACAGUUCAAAAAGCUGAAGGAGCUUUUCUAUCGGUCCAGCAACCUCCAGUAUUUCAAGCGGCUCAUCCAGAUCCCGCACUUGCCCGAGAACCCGCCCAACUUCCUGCGCGCCUCGGCCCUGUCGGAGCACAUCAGCCCCGUGGUGGUCAUCCCGGCGGAGGCCUCGUCCCCGGACAGCGAGCCCAUCAUGGACCUGGCCGAGGCCGAGAACGCUUCCCAGCAGAGCCUCUUUGACAACAAGUUUGACGACAUCUUCGGCACCUCCUUCGGGAGCGGGCCCUUCAACUUCAACGCCCAGAACGGGAUGAGCCGGGACGAGAAGGACCGCCUGAUUGAGCAUCUGCAGAGAGAGAUCGCCUCCCUCAAAGAGGAGCUGAGCAGCUUCCGGGCGGAGAGCCAGUGUGUGGGGGUGCAGCUGCGCGGGCGCGUGAGCGAGCUGGAGGCGGAGCUGGCGGAGGAGCGGCACCGGACGCGGCGGGCCCUGGACGAGGGAGAGUUCCUGCGCGCGGAGGCCGAGGACCUCAAGCGCCGGCACCACGACACCCAGCGCGCCCAGCGCAGCCUCACCGAGAUCGAGCGGAAGGCGCAGGCGACGGAGCAGCGCUACGCGAAGCUGAAGGAGAAGUACAGCGAGCUGGUGCAGGGCCACGCGGAGCUCCUGCGCAAGAACGCGGAGGUGACCAAGCAGGUGACGGCGGCCCAGCAGGCCCAGGGGGAGGCCCAGCGGGACCAGCGGGAGGCCCAGCGAAAGACCCAGGAGCAGGGGGAAGUGCUGGAGGCCUUGCGGAGGGAACUGAUGUCCAGCCGGGCGGAAGCGCAGGCCAUGCGCGGCACCUUGGACUCCACCGCACAGUCGGAGGCGGAGCAGAGCACCCGCGUGGCCGCCUUGCAGGGCGAGCGCUCGGCGCUGGCGGAGACGGUGGCCCAGAGGGACCAAGAAGCGGCCGCCCUGGAGGCCGAAGUCCGGCAGCUGAAGGCCAGGCUGCAAGACCAGAGCCAGGCCGCCCUGGAGCUGCGGGACCGCCUGGCGGAGAAGGAAAGCGAGGCGGAGGCCCUGGGUGGACGUCUCCGUGACCAGCCGUGGGCCAUACUUGGUUGCGCCGCCAGAGAGGCCCAGCAAGUGGUGCAAGAGGCCCUCGGCCGCCUGGACGACCCCGCUCACGCCGGCUGCACCAGCUCCGCAGACUACCUUCUCUCCCGGACCCUGGCGGCUUCCGAGGGCACCGACCGGCUAGAGGAGGCCUGUGGUCAGUUCCUUGCUGACCAGUCAGACGUGAGUGUCCUGCUGCCGUGCGUCUCCCGCUUGGCCCACCUCCUGGCCGACGCCAUCCUCCAGGCCAGCGCCACCUCGCACAUGACCCCCAUGGAGCCCGCUGACCGGCUGCUGGAGGCCGGGCGGGAGUGCGGGGCCGAGGCACUGGCCUUCCUGGCGGGACUGGAGGACCGGGAGAGCCUGGAGCGGAAUGACCCCACCGCCCUCCGGACACGCCUCCACCACAUCGCCACCAUCGGAGAGGAGCUCCUCCCCAAAGGCCUGGACGUGGAGCAGGAGCGCCUGGGGGACCUGGUGGACCAGGAGAUGGCGGCCACCGCCGCGGCCAUCGAAGCCGCCUCUGCCCGGAUCGAGGAGAUGCUGAGCAAGGCGCGGGCCGGGGACACCGGGGUCAAGCUGGAGGUCAACGAGAGGAUCCUGGGCUCGUGCACGGGCCUCAUGCAGGCCAUCCGGGUCCUGGUCCUGGCCUCCAAGGACCUCCAGCGGGACAUCGUGGAGAGCGGACGGGGCGCGGCCUCCCCGAAGGAGUUCUACGCCCGGAACUCGCGCUGGACGGAGGGCCUGAUCUCGGCCGCCAAGGCCGUGGGGUGGGGGGCCACCCUCAUGGUGGACGCGGCCGACCUGGUGGUGCAGGGCAAAGGGAAGUUCGAGGAGCUGAUGGUCUGCUCACACGAAAUCGCGGCCAGCACCGCGCAACUGGUGGCCGCUUCCAAGGUGAAGGCCGACAAGGAGAGCGGGAACCUGCGCCGCCUCCAGACCGCCUCCCGAGGGGUCACCCAGGCCACGGCCGGAGUGGUGGCCUCCACCAAAGCCGCCCAGUCCCAGGCCCAGGAGACCGACAGCAUGGACUUCUCGGCCAUGACGCUCACGCAGAUCAAGCGCCAGGAGAUGGACUCCCAGGUGCGGGUCCUGGAGCUGGAGAGCCACCUGCAGAAGGAGCGCCUGCGCCUGGGCGGACUGCGCAAGAAGCACUACGAGCUGGCCGGAGUGGCCGAGGGCUGGGAGCAGAACGGUGCCGAUAUCGCCCCUUGAAGAGGCGGCCGGAGGAGAGCCCCACACUGCCUUUUGCGCCCCGGGUGGGGUGGGGGGGGGCUUCCAUUGCCCUGCCCACCCCCCACUCCCUCCCCAUCACUGUGAGCCUCAACGGGAAUCUUAAUCAUGGGGCUGGAUCCCCAAC